AUGGACGCCAUCUCAAGUUCUUCUCGUGUCGACCAGAAUGCAUCCCGUAUGUUCGACGCCCAGUACGACCGACCUCAAGAAGACGUCCGUAUGUCAAAGCCCCACAAAUCACAUCAACAUCACGCAUCACAUCGGGGGACGACGACUCGGUACAAGGAGAAGUUCCAGGCAAUGAGGGAAAGAUACGAGCAUGUCAAUGCGAAACGUGAAGCAUUCGGCCGUGAACUGGAGAUUGCGAGCGAGAAAGAGAGGCAGCUGCAGGCUGAGAACGAUUUACUGCUCGACACACUAGCAAUCGCAAUGGCGCCCCCGCAGAUGGAAUACAGGACGAGCCACUCUUCUUCUCACGCAGACAUCCAGCUCCCGCCGCGAGACGUUCAUUCGCCUGCGCCUGAGGGCCUAGCGUUACCUACGAAUGGACUGCGGGACUCCCACCAUGUGCCCCGGUCAAACGGCGUGCUAAACGGAUCGGCCCCGAAUGGCUCGUCCGCUGGACUAAUGGAAGUACGCGAACCAGCGGAGCUCAACUCGCACGAGGAGAAGCAGGAACGGCACUGA